AUGGGGGUCUCUCAGUGGACCAGCUCUAACACAGCAUGGGGGUCUCUGAGUUACUGGACCAGCUCUAACACACUAUGGGGGUCUCUGAGUUACUGGACCAGCUCUAACACAGCGUGGGGGUCUCUGAGUUACUGGACCAGCUCCAACACACUAUGGGGGUCACUGAGUUACUGGACCAGCUCUAACACAGCGUGGGGGUCUCUGAGUUACUGGACCAGCUCUAACACAGCGUGGGGGUCUCUGAGUUACUGGACCAGCUCUAACACAGCGUGGGGGUCUCUGAGUUACUGGACCAGCUCUAACACAGCGUGGGGGUCUCUGAGUUACUGGACCAGCUCUAACACAGCGUGGGGGUCUCUGAGUUACUGGACCAGCUCUAACACAGCGUGGGGGUCUCUGAGUUACUGGACCAGCUCUAACACAGCGUGGGGGUCUCUGAGUUACUGGACCAGCUCUAACACAGCGUGGGGGUCUCUGAGUUACUGGACCAGCUCUAACACAGCGUGGGGGUCUCUGAGUUACUGGACCAGCUCUAACACAGCGUGGGGGUCUCUGAGUUACUGGACCAGCUCUAACACAGCGUGGGGGUCUCUGAGUUACUGGACCAGCUCUAACACAGCGUGGGGGUCUCUGAGUUACUGGACCAGCUCUAACACAGCGUGGGGGUCUCUGAGUUACUGGACCAUGUUUUGUUCCCCAGUUCACUUCACGAGAGUUUAG